AUGCGACUCAACAACAUUGAUGCCUUUCUUACGGUUGGGACGGUAAUCAUAGCAUUUUGCUCUGCUGCCAUCGACUUUGAUAGUAAUUCUACCCGCGUAGAAAAUCCAGAAUCUCGCCAUAUUUGUGGUGACAUUCGCGAUGGUUUAGUCAAAAGUCGUGGUGUAAAUCUCGGUGGUUGGCUGGUUGCCGAACACUGGAUGACUGCCAAUGCAGAUUUCUGGCAAGGUAUCGAUAAUCGAUUUGUCAAUUCUGGGGAAUAUACUAGUAUCACCAAAGCAUCGAAUCCAGAUCAUAUUCGCUCGAAAUUGGGAAGCCAUCAUGCAACCUAUAUCACAGAAGAUGACAUUGUUCAAAUUUCAAAAGCAGGACUCAACACGGUUCGAGUGCCAUUAGGAUUCUGGAUUCUAGGCUACGACAAUGACGACCCCGCUAAUCAACGCGAGUGGCAAGCGUAUACAAGAGGAUCGAUUGCAUUCUUGGAUUUGCUCAUUAAAAAUUGGGCCAAGACGCACAAUGUCGCAGUAUUACUGAGUCUUCAUGCUGCUAAAGGCUCACAAAAUGGAGCUGAUCAUUCUUCACCUGCUAGUCCAGGACACACAUUCUGGAGCCAGUAUUCAGAGAAUGUGGCCAAUACUAUUGAAGUGGCUCGUUUUCUAGCUAAUCGGUAUCAGAAUGACGUAGCAUUUCUCGGCAUCGGUUUGCUAAAUGAACCAAACGGCAACACGGACGAGAGAAUUGUAUACCAGUAUUACAAGGACGCGUAUCAAGCUGUCCGUUCAACUGGGAGCAAUUGUAUUUUGAGUAUCAUGCCAAUGCUACAGAAGCAAAGGCCGGAGGAACUGAUGGGUGUCAUGGAAGCACCAGAAUAUACGAAUGUUUGGGUCGAGUGGCACCCGUACUUUGUAUGGGGUUUCGAGGACAAGUCAGCUGAUUACCUGAUAAAUGUUGCGAUUAAACGCGAGUACAAAGAGCGUGUGGACAAGUGGAACGCACGUCCAGGCCAUAACAAGUUGUUUAUUGGCGAGUGGAGCAUGGCGAAUGCCUGCAACAUGCGACGAACCAAUCCAAAUAUGUUUUACACGUUUGUAAUGGAACAAUUAAAGAUACAUGAAGCGGCGGAAGGAGGUUGGACACUCUGGACGUGGAAAGCAUCGGCGGGUGGCAAUAAUGAUGUGGAUGAUUGGUCACUUCAGAAGAUUCUCACCGAUAGCCGACUUAGUGAAAUUCUGCAAAGUAACUUUUAG